AUGGCCCAGUACCCGCGUCGGGUGGCUGCCACCACUGUCGCAGCUCGAGUGGCCGAGGAGAUGCGCUGCAAAUUAGGCGAAGAAGUGGGAUAUUCGAUCCGUUUUGAAGACGUGACUUCAGCUUCAACAAGAAUCAAGUUCCUAACUGAUGGAAUGUUGCUACGAGAGGUCCUCGUAGAUCCUCUGCUUUCUCGGUAUUCGGUAAUUAUGGUCGAUGAGGCACAUGAGCGAUCAUUGAGUACCGAUAUUCUUCUUGGAAUACUCAAAAAGAUCAUGAAGAGACGCCCCGAGCUCCGGAUCGUGGUCAGUAGUGCGACUUUGCAAGCUGAAGACUUUCUGAAAUUCUUCGCCGGUGAUGAAUUUCAGGGCGAAGGAGAAGCCGGCGAAAUGGGAGGAAGCAUCGGAAGAAUUAUUAGUCUUGAGGGACGAAUGUAUCCUGUCGACAUUCUGUACCUCGAAAACCCAGCAGAAGAUUAUGUGGAAAGAACCGUCAAAACUGUAUUUGACAUACAUUUGCAAGAAGGAGACGGUGAUAUUUUGGUUUUCCUGACUGGCCGAGAGGAGAUCGAGACCACGAUCCAAUUGAUAACGGAACGCGCUGCUACCCUGCAUCCUAAAGCACCAGCUCUUCUACCGCUUCCUCUUUAUUCUGGUCUCACAACGGAUCAGCAGAUGUACGUCUUCGAGCCAGCCCCUGAAAACACACGCAAGGUCAUCGUGUCGACCAACAUCGCAGAAGCUUCAGUCACUAUCAACGGUAUAGUAUACGUCGUCGAUUGCGGAUUUGCCAAGCUCAGAGCCUAUAAUCCAAGCACAGGCAUAGAGACAUUGACGGCUGUCCCGAUAUCAAAAGCAGCCGCUGUUCAGCGAGCAGGUCGCGCUGGUAGAACGAAGCCAGGCAAGUGCUUCCGUCUCUAUACUCAGCAGGCCUAUGAAAGAUUACCCGACGCUACCGUUCCUGAAAUCCAACGCUCGAACCUGGCCCCUGUGAUCAUGCAGCUCAAGGCCCUGGGUAUUGACAAUAUAGUACGAUUCGAUUUCUUGACACCUCCUCCUGCGGACUUGGUGAUACGUGCCUUUGAGCUUCUAUACUCGCUUGGAGCAGUCGAUGACUAUGCGAAACUUACCAAUCCAUUGGGGAUGCGAAUGGCCGAACUCGCCUUAGAUCCCAUGUUGGCAAAAGUCCUUCUCAGCGCGCGAUCCUUCAACUGUUUGAGUGAGAUUCUUUCCAUCGCUGCUAUGAUCAGUCUCCAAGGUUCUGUGUGGGUGCAGCAUGAAGGCGAUAAGAAGUCGGCGGAGAGCAGCCGCAGAAAGUUUGCCGUUGAAGAAGGGGAUCACUUGACCUACCUCAAUGUGUACCAGGCGUUUGUCACGAAAGGAAAGAAAGACCCCAAAUGGUGUCGGGAUAAUCUCUUAAACUAUCGGUCGAUGCAACGGGCUGUUAGCAUUAGAGCUCAAUUAAAACGCUACCUUGAGCGCCUUGGGUUUCAAGUGGAUGAGACUCUCUCUGGUCGCCACGGAACGGCUGAUCUAGCCAGACCGGCCGAACAAAUUCAAAGAUGUCUGACAACUGGCUACUUCGCACAUGCUGCAAAAAUGCAGCCAGAUGGGACUUUCAAGACGGUCAGCGGAGGGCUUACUCUACAUGCGCAUCCAACUUCCUUAAUGUUUAACCGCAAAGCAGAUUGGGUCAUCUUCCAUGAGAUAUUGCAAACCGGUGAGAAAACAUACAUUCGUGACAUCACCAAGAUCGAGAAGAGCUACCUGCUCGAGUAUGCGCCGGAUUUUUACAAAGUCCAGUGA